UUUAUCUCAUUUACUGAAAAAAAUCUCUCUCUCUCUCUCUCUCUCUCUCUCUCUCUCUGAAUUCAGAUCCUCUGAACUGAAAAAGCUUCUGCUUCUACCUAAUCCUAACUCCUUGUUCUUGCUAACCAAUUUUGGAGUUUUUUUCUUCUUCUUUGUUUGCUGAAUUUUGAACUGUUUCCGUGAUUUUCGAUCUAGGUUUUCUAGUAAACCCUACUUGCUGAUUUUUAUCUUUUCCCGGAAAGAAAGAAGAACAAGAUGCAGAAAGAUCAACUCAAGAAGGAUAUUAAAGAGGUCAAGUUUUUCACCGAGUAUGGCGAAGCCAAUAGAUACAAAAUUCUGGAAGUUAUUGGCAAGGGUAGCUACGGAGUUGUUUGUGCAGCAAUUGACACACACACUGGUGGAAAAGUUGCAAUCAAGAAGAUUCAUGAUGUUUUUGAACAUAACUGCGACGCCAUUAGAAUUCUGAGGGAAGUCAAGUUGCUUAGGCUUUUAAGACACCCUGAUAUUGUUGAGAUUAAGCGGAUUAUGUUGCCGCCUUCAAAGAGGGAGUUUAAAGAUAUUUAUGUUGUCUUUGAGCUCAUGGAGUCUGAUCUCCAUCAAGUCAUCAAAGCUAACGAUGACUUUACCCGUGAACACCAACAGUUUUUUCUUUAUCAGAUGCUUCGGGCAUUGAAGUUUAUGCAUACAGCAAAUGUAUAUCACAGAGACCUUAAGCCAAAGAAUAUACUGGCAAAUGCAAACUGCAAACUCAAAGUAUGUGAUUUUGGACUUGCACGAGUUGCAUUCCAUGAUACCCCAGCAACAACUUUUUGGACGGAUUAUGUUGCUACAAGAUGGUAUAGAGCCCCUGAAUUAUGUGGCUCUUUCUUUGCUAAGUACACGCCUGCAAUUGAUAUAUGGAGCAUUGGAUGCAUUUUUGCUGAAGUGCUGACAGGAAAGCCACUGUUUCCUGGUAAAAGUAUUGUGCAUCAAUUAGACUUGAUCACUGAUCUUCUUGGAACACCACCACCUGAAAUUAUUGCAGGAGUUCGAAAUGAGAAGGCGAGGAAGUACUUGAUGGAUAUGCGGAAGAAACUUCCUGUACCAUUUGAACGAAAAUUUCCAAAUGCUGAUCCAUUGGCACUUCGCCUAUUGCAAAGGCUUUUGGCAUUCGAUCCAAAGGAUCGGCCGACAGCUCAAGAGGCACUAGCUGAUCCUUUCUUCAAGGGUUUGGCCAGAAUUGAGAGAGAACAUUCUUCUCCGCCAAUUUCAAGAAUGGAGUUUGAGUUUGAGAGAAGGCGGGUGUCAAAAGACGAUAUUAAGGAACUAAUAUAUCGGGAAAUACUGGAAUAUCAUCCACAGCUCCUUAAAGAUUACAAAAAUGGAACUGAAGGCACGAGCUUCAUGUACCCUAGUGCAAUAGACCAGUUCAGAAAGCAAUUUGCUUAUCUAGAAGAGAAUAAUGCUAAAUCUGGUCCGGUGAUUCCUCCAGCAAGGAAGCAUGUCUCCCUUCCAAGGUCCACUGUUCUCUCUAGUACAAUUCCUCCCAGCACGCAACCAUCUUUUACUCCGAAUGCCAACAAACAUAUUGCACAAGAGGCAUUCAAAAUUUCGAGAGCCGCAGAAUCAAAUUCUGUAAGUCAAUCAAAGGGUUUACGACCUCCUCCAAGAGCGCCAGCAGCCAAACCAGGUAGAAGUAUAGGGCCAGUUCACUGCGACAAUGGGAGAAGCACAAAAGAUAAUUAUGAUGCAAGAAUCUUCUACCAAAAUACUAUUCCUCAAUCAAUCUCUCCACACCCUUUCCAAAGGGUUGUACACUCACAACAAAUUUAUAAGGAUAAUUCAGAAGGCAAACAUCAACUCUCACCACAGAAGCGUAGCGUGCCAGCCAGACCAGCUAUCGAUCUUAAUACCAAUCCAUACCACCAGCAGGCCAAGAAUGAUCUGUUAAACGAUCCUGUCACCGUUAUUGACGCUAAAUUGUUGCAUGCACAAUCUCAAUUUGGUGCAGCUGGUGCUGCAGCAGUCGCUGUUGCUGCUCACAGGCACUCUGCAGGCUUUUAGUUUGGAGUGUCAUAGAUUGGGAGCUCUCAAAGAGAGAUUUGCCACAAAUACCUUGUGCCUAAGUUAGGAAGUUAAAUUUUAGUUGGGUUUAGUUUUUGUUUUCUAUGUCUGCUUACAUCUUGUCAUCCUUGUAAUUAUAUGUACAUCAUUUAAUUGAUUAAUAAAAACAUUGAUUGUUCCUCUC